GUCCCUCCAGUUGCGCUUUUUUCCAUAGUUUCUGGUUACUGGUUUCUGAUGAAUGCAUUGUUCUCAUGACAUGAAUUUCUUUGAGGAUAACACUUAUAAUUAUUAAAUAUUUUUCUCCCAUUCCUGGAAUGAGCUCUACUUCUUUCAGGCCAGUUGUUUAUUUUCAUCCUUUUCUGUUGUGGUUUUCCUUAAAAAAAAAUUAUUGAGCUCUAAGUGAGUAGGAUAUUAGCUGUUGGGUCUCACUGUAGGGUCCUUGAGUGAAAUGCAAGAAAUAAAUUACCUCUUUCCUUCUCUCUUUCCACCCUUUACCCAAAUAACAAAUGUUUUGUUAUGGACCAUGAAGGUGUUCAAAUGCUUCCAGAGUAGACUGUUAAAUUAAAAACAGCAACAAUAGCAAAAUAGAUGUGUUUGUAGCCAGAAACAAAUACUGUUGCUGCUAGGUGUUUUAUGUGUAAAGAGCUAUGGUAAAAAGUUUGGCUUGCUGUUUCAUGUAAAUAUUAUAAUAAUUCUGAUUCUACUCCUAUAUCCUUCCUCUGCUUCUUUGUCUAAUAUUGGUAUCUCUCCAGGCUCUGCUGGCAAGACUGUCUUCUACAUUGCUAUAGCCUUCUUAUGCAUGCAUAUAUGUUUGUUCUGGACUGCAAUUUUCUCUGCACUGGCCUAAUCCUUAAUAUAAUCCCACCUGCUUUGUCUUCCAGAAUGAAUGAAUGCAUUGCAGUGGGAUUUUGUCAGAAAGCAAAGGAAAAUGUAUGUGCUUAGUUUGCCUUACACAGAACUGGUCAAACAAAUGGAUUUUACAGAAGCUUAUGCGGACACGUGCUCUACAGUUGGACUUGCUGCCAGGGAAGGCAAUGUAAAAGUCUUAAGGAAACUGCUCAGAAAGGGCCGAAGUGUUGACGUCGCUGAUAACAGGGGAUGGAUGCCGAUUCAUGAAGCAGCUUAUCACAACUCUGUAGAAUGUUUGCAGAUGUUAAUUAAUGCAGAUUCAUCUGAAAACUACAUUAAGAUGAAGACUUUUGAAGGUUUCUGUGCCUUACAUCUCGCUGCAAGUCAAGGACAUUGGAAAAUCGUACAGAUUCUUUUAGAAGCGGGGGCAGAUCCGAAUGCAACUACUUUAGAAGAAACCACACCAUUGUUUUUAGCUGUUGAAAAUGGACAGAUAGAUGUGUUAAGGCUGUUGCUUCGACAUGGAGCAAAUGUUAAUGGAUCCCAUUCUAUGUGUGGAUGGAACUCCUUGCACCAGGCUUCUUUUCAGGAAAAUACUGAGAUCAUAAAAUUGCUUCUUAAAAAAGGAGCAAACAAGGAAUGCCAGGAUGACUUUGGCAUCACACCUUUGUUUGUGGCUGCUCAGUAUGGCAAGAUAGAAAGCUUGAGCAUACUUAUUUCAUCAGGUGCAAAUGUCAAUUGUCAGGCCUUGGACAAAGCUACUCCCUUGUUCAUUGCUGCUCAAGAGGGACACACCAAAUGUGUGGAGCUUUUGCUCUCCAGUGGAGCGGAUCCUGAUCUUUAUUGUAAUGAGGAUAAUUGGCAGUUACCUGUUCAUGCAGCUUCACAAAUGGGCCAUUCAAAAAUCUUGGACUUGUUAGUGCCACUUACUAGCCGGGUCUGUGACACUGGGCUAAACAAAGUGAGCCCUGUUUACUCAGCCGUGUUUGGGGGACAUGAAGAGUGCCUAGAAAUACUACUCCGGAAUGGCUACAGCCCGGAUGCCCAGGCGUGCCUUAUCUUUGGAUUUAGUUCUCCCAUGUGCAUGGCUUUCCAAAAGGACUGUGAGUUCUCUGGAAUUGUAAACAUUCUUUUGAAAUAUGGAGCCCAAGUAAAUGAACUUCAUUUGGCAUACUGUCUGAAGUACGAGAAGUUUUCAGCAUUUCGCCACUUUUUGAAGAAAGGUUGCCCAUUGGCACCAUGGAACCAUAUAAGUGAAUUUGUAAAUCAUGCAAUUAAAGCACAAACGAAAUAUAAGGAGUGGUUGCCACAUCUUCUGCUUGCUGGAUUUGACCCACUGAUUCUACUGUGCAAUUCUUGGAUUGACUCGGUCAGCAUUGACACCCUUAUCUUCACUUUGGAGUUUACUAAUUGGAAGAGACUUCCGCCAACUGUUGAAAAGAUGCUUUCUUCUCGUGCCUCAAAAUCCUCUUGGAUUCUACGUCAAUAUAUUGCCACUAUUCCAUCCCUGACCCAUCUUUGUCGUUUGGAAAUUCGGUCCAGUCUAAAAUCAAAACAUCUCCGGUCUGACAGUUUUAUUAGUCAGUUACCACUUCCCAGAAGCCUACAUAAUUAUUUGCUCUAUGAAGAUGUUCUGAGGAUGAAUGAGGUUCCAGAACUGGCAUCUCUUCAAGAUGGAUAAAUUAGCGAAACUACUUAACACAGCUCAUUUCUUUCUCUGAAAAACCACCGAGACAAAAGAGCCAUAGAGUACAAGUUUUUAUGAUUUUGUAGUUAAAAGGUGAUUAUUGUUUGUGAUGUAGGUUAAGUUUUGGGGGGCUAGUAGUUUAAUGUGUAUGUUUAUGUUUACAACUAGCCUUUCCCGGUAAAAAAAAGAAAAAAAUUGUAAACCUCACUUAUAUUACUUUAUUGCAGCUUCAUCACCAGUAUAUUAUAUGUUGUAAUAUUUAUUUACUUGACCACAUUCUGCUUUAUUUUGCUAGUAAACUGUGAUGCUGCUUCUAGUGCUAAA